AUGCAAAUAAACAUUCAUCUAUUCUCUACAAUCACCCCUUUUCCAGCUUGCUUUAAUUCAAGUAUUGGACCCAUAUUGUGUCUCACUACGCAUUACACAGGACAGAUAUUUACGACAGGCCAGACCACAUUAUCCCCAUUCAAAAGGAGACUCAUGAAGGUAAUCAGUGACUCCCAAGUUUUUGAGUAUUUGGUCAAAAACUUGAACAAAACUCUUCUCGUUCAGUCGCAAAUUCCUCUCAUCAUUGAUGCACUAAAAACUUACCAAAAAGACCCAAGCUAUGUUCCUGAAAGAACAGUUGCUGUCUCAAAUACGGAACGCUCGGACUCGACGCAUCUCUUUAUGCCGUGUAUUCUCCCAAACAAUGUCGGACUAAAAGUUGUGACGGGCGGACCAACAAAUACGCAGAAAGGCUUGGGCUUUCAAGGCGUAAUCAAUGUCUUGGACGAAUAUAGCGGCGAACUAAAAGCCGUUGUGAAUGCCAAGACCGUUACCGCAUACAGAACAGCGCUAGCGACUAUUUCUGCGCUUGUUAGAGUAAUUGACGUAGAACUGGACGAACCGGUGGAGGUUCUGGUCUUUGGGGCUGGACCCCAGGCUUUUUGGCAUGUUUAUCUUGCAAUGAAGCUCUAUAACGUCAGGGCUAUUACGAUUGUUAGCCGCUCUUUACGAUCCGCUGAACGGUUGGUUUCGGAUUUAAGUGAACAUUUCAGUGCCACAAUGAGACCUGUUAAAUUAGAGGAUAAUGAGUCUGUAGCCCAGCUUGUCAGCACAAGUGAUAUCAUUUUUGGCUGCACUCCCUCUACCGAUGGAAUUAUACGAAAAGAGUUUAUUGGUCGUGAGAGAGGUGUUCGUAAGUUCCUAGGCUUGAUAGGAUCGUAUAAACCACACAUGUGCGAAGUCGACCUAGAAUUUCUAAACGAGUACUACAAGGACUGCGACACAAAUAUCUUGUGCGACUCUAAAUCGCUUUGUCUUGCCGAAGCUGGUGAGAUCAUUCAGUGCGGCAUUGACAGCCGGAGACUAACGCCGAUCGCUGAUUUGCCCGCGGGGCUGCUUCCGGAGAAGUUCAUUGCCAAGAAUGGAAUGGUUCUUUGCAAGAUGGUGGGAUUGCUGGCUGAGGAUAUUGUUAUUGCCAAGUUUUUGUCUCAGAAUGUUGAUGGCAUUUCAAUUCCUAACUUUUGA